UUAGCUCAUCUCCCCAUUACUCCUCCAUUUCAUUUAACUGCCCAAUUUCUUUCGGGGGGAAAACCCGCCAAAUCCGCUUCCCCCAGCUCGGCCGGCCGAUCACCUCCGUCUCCUUUCGCCUUCCCUACCGAUCGGCUCAAUUCUCCUUCUGCGGUGUGCGAAUUGAGCGAUGACGUCGGGGUCGAGAAUGCCGACGUGGAAGGAGAGGGAGAACAACAAGAAGAGAGAGCGGCGGAGGAGGGCGAUCGCGGCCAAGAUCUACUCCGGGCUCAGGAUGUACGGAAACUACAAGCUCCCCAAACACUGCGACAACAACGAGGUCCUCAAAGCACUCUGCGACGAAGCUGGGUGGUCCGUCGAAGAAGACGGAACCACUUACAGAAAGGGGUGCAGACCAGUUGGAAGAAUGGACAUAAUAGGAGGAGGAGGUUCAACAUCAGCAAGCCCUUGUUCGUCAUACCAACCAAGUCCGGCCUCAUCUUCUUUCCCCAGCCCCAUCUCCUCCCACUACGCCGCCGCCAACAGCGCCAAUGCCGCCGCGGCCGGCGACGCCAAUUCCCUAAUCCCCUGGCUGAAAAACCUCACAUCCAGCUCAUCUUCCGCCUCCUCCAAAAACAAUCACACUCACAACCUCUACAUCCACACAGGCUCCAUAAGCGCACCGGUCACUCCGCCGCUGAGCUCACCAACAGUCCGAACUCCGCGCAAGCGGAGCAUCAACAGCGACUGGGACGAUUACGCCGCCGGUGGCGAGCAGAACUACCCCUACAUGCCUUCCUCGAUGCCUUCAUCCACCCCGCAGAGCCCCAGUCGCCAGCCCGAUUCGGGCUGGCUGCAGAGCGGGCCUUCGUCCCCGACGUUCAGCCUCGUGUCGUCCCCGAACCCGUUCGGGUUCAGGGACGAGCCGCUGUCCGGUACAGGGUCGAGAAUGUGGACGCCUGGGCAGAGCGGGACGUGUUCCCCGGCCGUGUUCGAUCACACCGCGGAUGUCCCCAUGGCGGACAGCUGCAUGGCGGCGGAGUUUGCUUUUGGGAGCGGUAGCAAUGCUGGUGCUGGUAGGUUGGUUAAGGCUUGGGAAGGGGAGCGGAUACACGAGGAGUUGAUCUCCGAUGAUCUUGAGCUCACGCUCGGCAGCUCCAAGACUAGGUUGAGAUGAUACAUGGAAGAAAGAACUCAUGAAGAAGCUUUUCCCCCCACCAUUUCGUUUUGAAAUGUUGUGGUGUUGUAUUCAUAGCUUCAGGCUGCAGGUCAAAUGUGUAAUUGAGUUGAAGGUAGAGUUACUCUCAUCAUUCCUGAUCUUCUGUCGCGAGACUGCAUUACAGUAUAUGUAUUACAAGUGUUCGAAUCAAAUUCAAUCCCCAAAGAAUGGAUAGAAAGAAAGGGAAGGUAAGGAACAGAGAGAUUAGAGGGCUUUAACCCGUAUUUUACAUGACCCAAGUCGCCCACACACUGCAGAGUCAGUGUCUCGAGGACCGGACAGUUCGACACGAGACCCUCCAGGACGUCCCCACGCAUCCUGACGGACCUCAAACGCAGCGAUUCGAGCGACUUGAAACGAUCCGAGGGCCACCGGUUGGCUCGAAAUACGUACAUUUUCCUCCUUAUCGAGACUGUGCGGGGGUAGUCUCCAUGGUAACCUAGCACGGUUCUUCUCCAUAUAGGUGUCAGUUUCGUCUUUGAUGCGGUAGAUUGAAGUCCAGCUCCAGGUUCCUGACUCGCUUCGAUGUUGCAAACUCGACGAACCAAUCGAUGGAUCGCUUGUACUUCUCGGUGAGGCCGAGGGUGAAGUCUGAACUCCUCCAAGCUAUGGCCUUUGUGUGAUCGAACCACCUUGCUAAAGCGUCGAACGUAUUUGUCCCUCGAGUGGCUAGGUAGACGAGGCUGCAGCUCGAUAGGGAAGAAUGCGGAGUCGAAGUCAGAGACGGGUAAUGGAUGCGCCCAAGUACCUCCAUUGAGU